CGGUCUGCACACACGCGGAGUAAAAGAAAGAGGCUCGUACGUCUUUUUGCACGACGAGCUGGCCGAGAUGAAGCACCACAAAGAGGAGGCUUUCUGCCGCUUGCAUGCAUUGUGAAAGGAAAGGCAUGAUGAUUGUGAAACACAUGCUUUGUGUUUGCAAGCAGGCUGCUGGUGCUGCUGGGGCUUCUCAGUGAUGUGAGGAGGAGGAGGAGGAGGAGGAGGUAGGAAGACGCUCCCUCGUCUUCUAAGAGGAUAAAGAGAAAGGGGAAAGGAGCUAUUUUUAACCUUGUGGACUGGACUGUCUUCCCGGGGCACAAUGAGCAGUGGACCGGAUGAGAGCUCGGUGCGAGUGGCACUGAGGAUUCGUCCUCAGUUGGCCAGAGAGAAGAUCGAGGGUUGCCAUAUUUGCACAUACGUGAUGCCCGGGGAGCCGCAGGUGUUUCUGGGCAAGGACAAAGCCUUCACUUACGACUAUGUCUUCGACAUGGACACCCAGCAGGACGCCAUCUACACUAACUGCACCGAGAGGCUGAUUGAUGGCUGCUUCGAGGGCUACAACGCUACCAUAUUUGCAUACGGACAGACCGGCUCGGGAAAGACAUACACCAUGGGAACCGGCUUUGACGUCAACAUCGGCGAGGAUGAGCUAGGUAUCAUUCCCAGGGCCGUCAACCACCUGUUUCGGGGAAUCGAGGAGCGCAGGCAGGCCGCCACGGAACAGGGAAAGCCCGUCCCGGAGUUUAAAAUCAACGCUCAGUUCUUGGAGCUGUACAACGAGGAAGUACUGGACCUGUUCGACACGACGCGAGACAUCGAAACCAGGAGGCAGAAAUCCAACGUCCGCAUCCAUGAGGAUGCCAGCGGAGGCAUCUACACGGUUGGCGUCACCACACGCAGCGUCACUUCUGCCGCCGAGAUGAUCCAGUGUUUGAAGCUGGGCGCUCUCUCCAGAACCACGGCCAGCACUCAGAUGAACGUCCAGAGUUCGCGCUCCCACGCCAUCUUCACUAUCCACCUGUGCCAAGUUCGAAUGUGCUCACCAGACAACGAAAACACCACAGACAAGCGCAUAGCGAAUGAUUCGGAAAUCGACGAGUUUGAGACGCUGACGGCUAAGUUCCACUUUGUGGACCUAGCAGGUUCUGAGAGGCUGAAGAGGACUGGAGCAACAGGUGACAGAGCCAAGGAAGGCAUCUCCAUCAACUGUGGACUGCUGGCCCUGGGCAAUGUCAUCAGCGCUUUAGGUGACCGAAGUAAGCGCUCCACUCAUGUGCCUUACAGAGACUCCAAACUCACCCGCCUCUUGCAGGACUCCCUUGGCGGCAACAGUCAAACAGUGAUGAUCGCCUGCAUCAGCCCGUCAGACCGCGACUUCAUGGAGACUUUAAACACCCUCAAGUACGCCAACCGAGCACGUAACAUCAAAAACAAGGUGGUGGUGAACCAGGACAGAGCCAGCCAGCAGAUCAGCGCCCUGAGGACUGAGAUAGCACGUCUCCAGAUGGAGCUGAUGGAGUACAAGACGGGUAAGCGAACAGUAGGCGAAGACGGCAUGGAGGGGAUCAACGACUUGGUCCAUGAGAACUCCAUGUUGCAGACGGAGAAUAACAACCUGAGGGUCAGGGUGAAGGCCAUGCAGGAGACCAUUGACGCCCAACGAGCCAGACUCACUCAGAUACUCAGUGAUGGAGCCAACCACGCCCUGGCCAAAACAGGUGAAGGCAACGAGGAAAUCGGGAACAUGGUCCAUAACUACAUCAAGGAAAUCGAGGAGCUCAGAACCAAACUUCUGGAAAGUGAGGCUCUAAACGAGAACCUCAGGAAGAUCCUUUCCCGUGCUUCCACUCGCUCCUCCUUGUACGCCGGUCCCGCCUCCUUCUCCCCUGUCCUGCUGGGGCCUGAGAAGGAGGCCAGUGAUGUCAUAGAGAUGGCCAAGAGAGAUCUGGAGAAGCUCAAGAAGAAGGAAAAGAAGAAGAAAAAGAGACUGAGGCAGUGCCAGGAGAGUCACCACGAGGAUGCCAGCGUUGUUAAGGAAGAAAACCCAGGCAAUGAUGUCGAGGUGGAGGCCAGUGACCAUGAGGAAGGCGAGGACUGUGAUGGAGAGGAAGAGGACUCGGACACAGCAGGAGAGGAGACGUCUGAGGAGUCCGAGUCUGAGGAGCUGGAUGAAAAAGAAAAUGUCCAGGCGGACCUGGCCAACAUCACGUGCGAGAUCGCCAUCAAGCAGAAGCUCAUAGAUGAACUGGAGAACAGCCAGCGGCGCCUUCACACGCUCAAACAGCAGUACGAGCAGAAGCUGGUGAUGCUGCAGAAUAAGAUCAGGGACACGCAGCUGGAGAGAGACAAAGUUCUCCAUAAUAUGGGUAAGAGAGGCAGCAAAAUUGUACCUUUUAGACAUCGUAGGCAUGAUUUACCUUCAUCCGCAGGUUCUGUUGAGACGUGCACAGAGGAAAAGGCAAAAAAGAUCAAGGCGGAGUACGAGAAGAAGCUGAACUCCAUGAACAAGGAGCUGCAGAAGCUCCAGUCGGCUCAGAAGGAGCAUGCCCGGCUGUUGAAGAGCCAGUCCCAGUAUGAGAAGCAGCUCAAGAAACUGCAGCAGGACGUCACCGAGAUGAAGAAGACGAAGGUGGCACUGAUGCGUCAAAUGAAGGAGCAACAGGAGCGUAAUCGAGCUACAGAGUGCAAAAGGAACAGGGAGAUAGCUUCUCUGAAGAAAGACCAGCGGAGAGCUGAGCACCAAGUGAAGCAGCUGGAGGCUCAGAGGAGACAACAAGAGUUAAUCUUACGCAGGAAGAACGAAGAGGUGACUGCUCUGAGGAGGCAGGUGAGGCCAGUGUCUGGCAAGGUGACCAGGAAAGUCACCACACCCGAAACACUCCCAGAAGCAUCCCAUCGGAGCACUCCAGGAAGGCCGCAUUCCUCCGGAACAUCAGCAUCCAACGGCUCCAGAAGCUCUCCUGUGUGGACAAGAAGCGUCUACCUCACCCGCACAGCCAGGGCCAAAUGGCAGUCUCUGGAGAGACGCGUCACUGACAUCAUCAUGCAGAGGAUGACCAUCUCCAACAUGGAGACGGACAUGAAUCGACUCCUGAAGCAAAGGGAGGAGCUUACCAAGCGGAGGGAGCGAGUAUCCCGAAAGAAGACAAAGAUGGUGGCCGAGGGUGCCGAUACAGAGCGCCCGCUGACCUCCUUGAACGAGGAGCUGGAGUCUUUGAGUGCCAACAUUGACUACAUCAACGACAGCAUUGCAGACUGCCAGGCCAACAUCAUGCAGAUGGAGGAGGCCAAGGAGGAAGGAGACACGGUAGAUGUUACGGCAGUGAUCAGCUCGUGUAAUCUCUCAGAGGCACGCUUCCUUUUGGACCAUUUCAUGACCAUGUCCAUCAAUAAGGGUCUUCAGGCGGCUCAGAAAGACUCCCAGCUGAAGGUGAUGGAGGGCCGGCUGAAGCAGACGGAGAUCAACAGCGCCACCCAGAACCAGCUCCUGUUCCACAUGCUGAAGGAGAAAGCCGAGAUCAAUCCGGAGCUGGACGCCCUCCUGGGUAGCGCCCUUCAAGAGUUAGGUUACCUGUCACCAGAAAAUGGAGACGAAGACAGCAGUGAUGAGUCCACCCCCAGCCCGGCUGCAGAGGGGAGCACGCUGACGUCAGAUCUGAUGAAGUUAUGUGGUGAAACCAGGCUGAGAAGUAAGGCUCGCAGAAGGACCACGACCCAGAUGGAGCUGCUUUACGCCAGCUCUGGGGAUCAUUCCUCCGACUCCCCCACAGGGGACUUCUCUGGCCCUUUGCUUUCCAUCAUGGAGCAUCAGGACGGGCUUCCAGACACUCACAGAACUCCUGACCGUGAACCGACUGUCUCUCCGUCUCUCACCCGUCCAGUCGGGGGUUUCAGAUCCAGGUCACCGACGAGCACCCCUGAGAGGAGGCAGCUUGAGCGCUCGCCCCUCAGCCGCAGGAAGCUGCAGGAGAAAGGGGGAGCAGCCACUUCAGUUUGCAUAGGAAAUGACUACAAAACACUAUUGGAUGAGUCUCCUGUAUUUGAAGGCAAUAGAGGCGUAAUCCACACCGUGCCCCCUCCCAAGACCACCAAGGCGGCCAAACUCCAAUGUGUGCACAUCGCCGAGGGACACACCAAGCCCGUCCUCUGUGUGGACGCCACAGAGGAUCUACUCUUCACUGGAUCGAAAGAUCGAACGUGUAAGGUGUGGAACCUGGUGACGGGUCAGGAGAUCAUGUCUUUAGCGGAGCAUCCCAGCAGUGUUGUCUCAGUCAGGUACACUUCCAGCCUCGUCUUUACGGUCUCUACUGCUUACAUCAAAGUGUGGGACAUACGGGAUUGUGCAAAAUGUAUCCGCACUCUAACGGCUUCAGGACAGGUGGGUACAGGUGAUACGUGCUCCUCAGCCGCAAGUUUUACAAUACCUCCAGGAGAGAGUCAGAUCAACCACAUCGCCAUCAAUUCUUCUGGAUCUUUCCUGUACGCUGCCGCUGGCAAUGCCGUACGCAUGUGGGAUCUCCGCAAGUUUGCAUCCACGGGGAAGCUGACCGGCCAUUUGGGAGCCGUCACUUGUCUGACUGUUGAUAAGUUGGCCAAUGGACAAGAUCUUGUCCUCUCAGGCUCCAAGGACCACCACAUCAAAAUGUUUGAGGUAGCAGAAGCCACCCAGGGUAGCGUCAGCUCCUGCCACACGUUUGAUCCCGCUCACCUGGACAGCGUUGAGUCCCUCAGCGUGCACGGUGACUUCUUCUACAGCGGCUCCAGAGAUUGCUACAUCAAAAAGUGGGAUUUGGCGAGUAAGAAGCUGCUGCAGCAGACGGCAAGCGCGCAGACAGACUGGGUCAGCGCUCUGGCCGUGGUUCCUGGCUCUUCGGCCCUGCUCAGCGGAUGCAGAGGAGGGCUGCUACGCCUCUGGCACGCUGACUCGCUCGCAGCCCUCGGCGAGGUUCAAGGCCAUGAUAGUCCGAUUAAUGGCCUGGCCUCCAACAGCAGCCAACUGUUCACAGCAUCCGACGACCGCACAGUGAAGAUUUGGGAAGCCAAAGGAUCCCUGGAAGAUGGCGUCCACUGACGGCUAUACGGUUGUCAGACAAUUUGAAUACUCUGCUGCUGGUGCGAAACUUGCACUAAUUUUCUUUUUCUACAAGACAUUUCUAUAUUUAACUGUAGCUUUACCAGCAAUAAUUGACAUUUUUCUGUGUGUUUUCCACUUUUGAAUCGUGAUUUGAUGUGAUUGAUCCCUAUAAGGACCAAACUACGUUGUGCUCUUAUUCUUACUGCCAAACCAGACACUCAAUGCCCGGAUUGCAAAUCUCACAGGGAACCAGAAUCAUGACCAAAAAUUGUGCAUAUGCCAUCCAUCCAUCCAUUUUCUAUGCCGCUUAUUCUCAGUUGUGUCACGGGUAUGCUGGAGCUUAUCCCAGCUGUCUUUGGUACACCCUGGACUGGUCGGCAGCCAAUCACAGGGCACGUAUAGACAAACAACCAUUCACUUUUUGUAAUCAGGCCCGGAACAAAUUAACUACAAUAAACAAGUGCUGCAGUACUUUGCUGCACACAUACACACACACACACACACACAGCUGUAACACACAUUUUAUUUAUCACAAAUGUUUGUGCAUACCAGCAGUGGUACUCGUACUACAGUUUGAGAAUCACUGAUGAAUUUUAAGUACAUGGAAUGGCUUGGAACGGACGUCCUUGCAUUUAUUUGGUUUACACAAAAAAUAUGUUGCAUUUUCAUUUUUCUACACUUUGUUGGGCUUAGGUCUUUUUCAAAUAUCCACUCACUGGUCAUUUCAUUAGGUACACCUGCACAGUCUUCAUGCACUCCAGAACAAAAACAUCUGCUUUUGAUUAAAGGUAAUACAGUGCAGAUGUUUGUUUGUGGUUGCACGGCGGUCGAGUGGUUAGCACGCAGGCCUCACAGCUAGGAGGUGGGGUUUUCUCUGGUGUCCUCCCACAUUCCAAAAACAUGCUAGGUUAAUUGGUGACUCCAGGUAUGAAUGUGAGUGUGAAUGGUUGUUUGUCUAUAUGUGCCCUGUGAUUGGCUGGCCACCAGUCCAGGGUGUACCCCGCCUCUCGCCCAAAAACAGCUGGGAUAGGCUCCAGCAUGCCCACGACCGUCGUGAGGAUGAGCGGUAGAAAAUGAAUGAAUGAAUGUUUGUUUGUGACAGUCGGAAAGGUGUAAAGUGAAUAUGACUGGAAGUGUGUUAUUGUAGUGUUAGGACUGUGCAGGUGUGCCUGGUGUUGUCACAUUUGACUUGCACAUACAUAUCUGUGAAGUCAGUGAAGAAUAAUAUCAUUCCCAAAUCAUGACGUACAGAUUUCAUAUUUAAACUUAAAUUUUUUUGUCAGCCAGUUGGGCAUUUAUUUAUGUUUCUCGUGUCCUGAAAAUGUGAGUGUACAUUGCUGUUAUUUGGGUGUACUGUAUUGCUGCUUGUUUUAUGUUGCCGUUUUAUCAUAACAGUCCGCCUCACGGCACCAAAACGAUGGAGUGGAUGUCUCUGUGAUUAUUCUUGUUGCAGUACUGAAGAACCGUCUGCAUUCAUUUGCACUGGACUGACAAUGAUGACGAAAUCCUUCCUCCCAGAGCAUGUACAUCUGACUUUUUACCCCCAGGUGAAUCAUGUGACCUUAUUAUCUUUUAUACAAUAUGAGUGUAUGUUUGUUUUUGUGUAAAUGUGUUUUCCUGCUGGUUAUCUUGUAUGAAAGUAAUCGAGGCUGCAGUGUGACAAUAAAUUUACAACCAAG